AUGUCUUUGAGACAAGAUGGAUAUGAGGUCAAGCAAUCAGCCAAUGCAAAUGCACUGAAAGCGGGUAUAAACCCUAUAAAAGGGGAGAGCAAAAGAGGAAUCUUUGGUUGGAUCCUCCAGGCGGCUUCGAGUCAAGACCGAGACGGACAAAGAACUCUGCAGCUGAAGAAGAGCCGCGGCCACAGAGCUCACUCACUCUUGAAGAUAACCACCACGCUGAGCGUCACUCCACACCGAUCCCAGUUCUUCCAGUAUGACCGCAUCACUCUGGCAUGUGUGGCAAACUCCAGCGGCUGGACAGUGAAGAGGGCAGUUUCCAGCAGCGCUGACCAGGAAUGUCAGCACGGCUGGGCCAUUCCCAGCAACUCUUCCUGCAUCAUUGAGGACGCCUAUCCAGAAGACUCUGGGGAGUACUGGUGUGAAUCUCAGAGAGGAGAACGUAGCAACAAGGUCAACAUCACCGUAACUGCUAACAGUGUGAUCCUGGAGAGCCCACUGCAUCCUGUGGAGGAGGGAGAAAAUGUUACUCUUCGUUGUUUCUACAAAGAAGAUUAUAAUGACGAAUCCACAUCAAAUUUCUCUGCUCGUUUCUAUAAAGACGAUGUUUUCAUUGGGAGAAAUAUCCCAGGGGAGCUCACUCUGAAAGCAGAGGAAGGUUUCUACAAGUGUCAACAUCCUUCUAAAGGAGAAUCACAACACAGCUGGGUGGCAAUGAAAGGAAAUGGGCUCAAGCUCGAGUUGAUGUUAAUGGAGCAGAUGCUGGAGAUGAUGGAGAAAAGAGAAGACAAUGAGGAAGAAAUGGAGAAAUCGAUGUAA